AUGCAAAGCAAUUCAAAACCAUGUUCUCGUUUCGACGAUAGAGUCUGGACGCUGCACACAGACGGGGCCUCUAAUGACGAUGGAGCGGGAGCGGGUCUCCGAUUGGUUAGCCCAGACGAUCACGAGCUUACAUACGCGAUACACUUGGACUUCAAUAGCACAAACAACGAGGCGGAAUAUGAAGUUUUUCUAGCAGGCCUUCGUUUAGCGCUUAAAAUGGGAGCAAAAAAUCUUGAAGCUCACGUCGAUUCAAAGUUAGUGGCUGAGCAAGUCAAUGGACACUAUGAUGCAAAGGGCGAAGCUAUAGCAUUAUACCUAGAACAAGCGCGAAUGCUUAUCAGCCAAUUCCAAACGUUCAAGAUAAAUCACAAAAACAGAAGUGAAAAUAAGCAUGCGGAUGCACUGAGCAAAUUGGCUGCCACCAGUUUCAGACAUCUAGCAAAAGAAGUGCGCAUCGAGGUAUUGUCCAAUCCUUCCGUUCCUCUUAAACAAGUAAACAUCGUAGAGGUCGGCAGCCCAUCCUGGAUGUCCCCGAUCAUCAUGUACUUACAGCAUGGAAAACUCCCAGAAGGAAAAGUGUAA